GUUUUCUGUCGGUAAAUUGUCAUGCAGAUAUCCAUUCCUAAAUCCGAUUAGGGUUCUUUGAUUCUUUGAGGACUUUCCACGAACAGGUUGUGUGCGUGAUUGCUUUGGAAAGUUUGAGCUAAUCUGGGACAUGGGUUGUGUUUAUUGCAAAUGUUGUCCCAGACUCCCAUCAUCUUCUCCAUCUGACGGUAAAAAAUUCAAGCCCAAAAGGGGGAAAACUGCAGCAGGUGCAGAUGAGUUAUUAGAAGUUGUUCAUAUACCUUCACACGAUUUCAAGCUCGAGUAUUCCGUUCUCACACGUCGUGGGUAUUAUCCAGACAUGCCGAAUAAAGAGAAUCAAGAUUGUUUUUGUAUCAAAACCAGUAUUCAAGGUAACCCAAAUGCCCAUUUCUUUGGUGUUUUUGAUGGGCAUGGUCAUUCCGGCAAGAAAUGUUCGAAUUUCGUCAAGAACCGGCUUCUCGAGCUUCUUUGCAGUGAUGAUUCGUUGUUGGAAGAUCCUGUUAAAGCUUACACUUCAGCCUUCUGCACAACCAAUAAUGAACUUCAUGAUAAUCCUGAGAUUGAUGAUGUCAUGAGUGGUACGACUGCUAUAACGGUUCUUGUUAUCGGUGAUAAGCUUUUCGUGGCAAAUGUGGGUGAUUCACGAGCUGUGAUUUCCGUUAAGGAAGGUGAUCAUAAUCGAAUCGUGGCUCAGGAUUUGUCUUAUGAUCAAACACCCUUUAGAAACGAUGAAUUGGAAAGAGUAAAGGAUUGCGGGGCGCGGGUUUUGAGCGUUGAUCAGGUUGAAGGGGUAAAAGAUCCAAGUAUUCAGUCGUGGGGCGAUGAAGAGAGUGCGGGUAGUGAUCCCCCACGAUUAUGGGUGCCAAAUGGAAUGUAUCCGGGGACUGCAUUUACACGUAGCAUAGGUGAUAGUUUGGCGGAGAAGAUCGGUGUUGUGGCGGUUCCUGAAGUUUGUAUGGUUCAGCUCACGGCUAAUCAUCCGUUUUUUCUACUUGCAAGUGAUGGCGUAUUCGAGUUUCUAUCUAGCCAAGCUGUUGUUGAUAUGGUCGACAGAUAUAUCGAUCCUCGAAAUGCGUGUUGUGCGGUUAGUGCAGAAUCAUACAAGUUAUGGUUAGAGCACGAGAACCGAACAGAUGAUAUAACAAUCAUCGUUGUACACAUUAACGGCUUAUCCAAUUCAGAUGUUAAUGAUGUCGAGGAAGCCGGUGGAAGUACUCUCCGACCAAGAAUGUUAAAAUCCGACAUCAAUCCAGAGGGUGGCGUCGUCAUACCUGUUUUGGAGAAACCCGUAUCUCCUCCGGGGUCGGAGAUGUUCCAAUCGGUUGUUUCAGACAUUGCUCAAGAUCAAAAGGGUGGUGUGAUACAUUUUUUGCAGAAAUCAGACACUUCCGACAUGUUCCAAUCAGUUGUUUCAGACAUAACUCAAGAUACAGAGGGUGGCGUCAUACCGCCUUUGCAGAAAUCACAAGUUACUCCAGAGAUGUACCAAUCAAAUGGAAAAGAUUUCUUGGAACCUCGUCCUUUACGGCAGGUUGCAUCGACCAAUGAUCAGAACCCGACUGUCGUACAAGCCAGAGAAUAGCGUGCGUGCGUGCCUUG